UUUUUUUUUGUACACCCCGGGAGUGACGCGCAGUUCGUAGAACAGUGGUUUUUGCCGUAGAGUUUUAAGUAAAAUCAGCGUUGUGCAGUUUUGAGUGUGGUAACGCUGACCACCGUGCUGCGUUACCCGGCAAGCUAGUGACGUGAAAGGUGAACAGAAACCGGUGCAGGUCCUUUUUUAAGGUGUGAAUUGUGAAUGUCGUGAAUCGAUUGUGUGUCAGGUGUUGCAUGUGGGAGAGAGCAGUAGCGUUCACGUGACCCUGUUGCCGAGACCGACAUCAUGCAUUUGCAUUUUGAGAAAAACUCCAACACAAGAUGCGACUGCCCGAUACUGUCGUUGUCCUGGAUGGGCAAGGUGCCGGAUGAUAUACCGGAGGAAGAGGGAUGGAAACUAAACCGUACCAACUACUAUCAGGAAGGAUGGCUAGCCACGGGGAAUGUGCGGGGCAUCGUCGGAGUCACGUUCACGACCUCACACUGCAAGAAAAAUGUCGAUUACCCGUUACGCACUAACUACAACCUGCGUGGGCACCGGUCCGAUGUGAUCCUGGUUAAGUGGAACGAACCUUACCAGAAGCUGGCAAGCUGUGAUAGUUCCGGCAUUAUCUUCGUAUGGAUAAAAUAUGAAGGUCGAUGGAGCGUGGAGCUCAUCAACGAUCGUAACACACCGGUGACACACUUCUCUUGGUCACACGAUGGGCGGAUGGCGUUGAUCUGCUAUCAGGAUGGUUUCGUGCUGGUGGGUUCCGUCGCUGGGCAGCGGUACUGGUCGUCGAUGCUGAACCUGGACGCAACCAUUACCUGCGGCAUCUGGACGCCGGACGACCAACAGGUGUACUUCGGCACUACCCAGGGACAAAUCAUUGUGAUGGAUGUACACGGUGCGAUGGUGUCACAGGUACCGCUCAGCUCGGACGUAGGCAUUACCGCAAUGGCGUGGUCGUGCGAAAAGUUCAAGAUGGAGGAAGGUGAAGAUACGGAACCGGGCGUUACCAAUGCAUCGAAGCGUAGCUUCGUGUUGGCCGUGAGCUUCCAGAACGGGUAUAUUUAUCUGCUGAAGUCGUACGACGAUAUCACCCCAAGCCAAAUCCACACGGGCAUGAACGGGGAGCUAGGAAUUGUGAUGGAGUGGAGUAACUCGCGGGAACUGUUGGCCGUGGCCGGGACCGAGCUGGGCAGCCCGCACGUGACUGAUAUCCAUGGUGCUACGGUGUACAAUAAUCUACUCAAGUUCUACACCGAAUCCGGUAAUCUUCUUUACACCGCCAAAAUUCCAAAUAGUACGUAUCCUGUUUCCGCCCUUACUUGGGGUCAUAAUGAUAAGCGUAUCUUCAUAGCGACGGGAACGCAAGUACAUAUUGCUUGGGUUUCAAGGCGCGUCGCAUCGCUGCAGCUGUUCUGUCGUCUGAAAGUUCAAACCUCGUUGGCUUCGGAAGCAUUGCUGCCAAGACUGCCCCUGCCCGGUCGGAUAAAGGCACUGAUCGGGAAUCUGUUUGCUCAAACUAUACGGUGCUGUGUUCCCGAUUUGAAGUCACUUCGAGAGUUUGUGUCACGUCCGCCAGCCUGCUCGACGCGAUUGCACUGUACGAUGAUACGACACGACGACGAUUCCAACCAGAGCUCAGGGACAUGCUACACGCUCUACUUGGAGUUUCUCGGUGGCCUUGUGCCACUGCUCAAAGGCAAACGAACCUCCAAAAUACGGCCAGAAUUUGUGAUAUUCGAUCCUCAGGUUGAUGAAGUUUCUACAUACUGUACAUAUUCAUCUGAUUCGACCACAACCACAACCACGACGAAAAGUUCUUCGACGUCUAGUCACUCGACAACUGGCACGAACGGUCGAUCAGAUAGCUCGGAGAGUGACAUCGAUGACGAAUGCCGUAAGCCAAUAAGCUAAGGAGUUUAUGAGUCGAACAAAUAUGUGAAAGUUUCUCUUGUUGUAGGAUCUCCGAGAUUAGAUCGGAAACGAAAGAAUGGGACGAAAAAACGCAACCCUAGCAGCAACGAUCGAUCUCCAAACCAAAAUUCUGACUCUACAGAAAAUAAUGAAGAUUUAGCUUAUCUCGACACAUUACCAGAGCAUGUGAAGCUUGUCGAAGUAACGUCCAACAUCUGGGGAACGAAGUUUAAGAUACAUGGACUAGCCAAAACUCUGCCGGCUAAUCUCGGGCAGGUCACAUACAAAACUUCGCUACUACAUCUCCAGCCUCGCCAGAUGAAGCUAGUCAUCACCGAGCUGCGCGAUGACUUCCCCACCGGUCCGGAUCCCAACUUUAAUCCGAACAUUUUUUCCGAAGACGAGGAAGAUCAGCAGCAUCAGCAACAGCUGCAACAACAUCAGCAUCAUCAACAGCACACACAUCAAUUGCAACAUCACUCACAACACCAUUCCAAUGGAACACACGGCCAAUCGUUAGGCACGUCCUCUAGAGAUAGUUCCGGUUCCGGUGCUAUUAGCCGAAAAUUGCUGAACGAAAGUGCGCCUCCAAUUGCGCCGAUGUCUCCACGUCCGAAUCGCUUUCCUUCGCGGCCUCGCCGGCAACAGCAUCAACCAUCUGCAUUGGCCGGAUGUUCAUCGGCAAGCGGAGGACUCUCUCGCAAUGGAGUCCCGGGGUUGGGUCCACUUGCACGUGCCGAAUCGUACGAGGACGAUACGGAUGGGGCAGAAUCAUCCGUUGUAGUCGUUAGCGAUCUUCACAGUGCAGCCGCACGAACUCCUCCGCGGCAAAGCAUUGGGUACAGUCUCGUUAGUCGGCCAUCAUCCGCCUCCAGCAAUCAAUCACGCGUUGCCAUCAGUCCACUGUACUGUGAGGGUUCCGUGCCAACGCUUCAGUCGCCCAAGAACGCUGUUGCACCGAGUGAUAUUAUUUUCGAUCGCCCACCAGCAGGACAGACGACGCUUAUGAGCUAUUCAAGCAAUAACGACUACAUUGGUAGCUUGGUGCAGGUGAAGAGUGCCCUUGUGUCAUCCGAUCACCAUCAUGGACGUGGCACAGUGAAUACGACAAUGCCAUUAAACUUAAAUCUCAACCUUGAUCGUGCGGAUACAAACCGCGCGAUGUGCACGAACGGUAGCAGUGGGAAAGACACACAACUAGUCAAUGCCCGAUGUACACCGAAAAAGCAAAACCUCAAAUUCAUCGAUGAAGAAUCGACGCCCAGUACAUCGGCUACUGUUGUCGUUCCGAAUGCGAUACAGGCUCCUUCUACCACUAAUGUAGCUUCUUCCGCUGCACCGCCAACCGCUGUAGAUACGAACGGACUAGAGACACCCAUGUCGGAAACGAUAGGCGGUAUGCACCGGACUCCUACCGUUGCCUCGAUGAUGCCUUUCAUCCCUGUGGCUUCUUCCGGAGCUACGUCUACCCGUAUUCCCGACUCAAUUACGCGUAGCUGCAGUGUCGGAUAUCUGGACAACAUGACGAUUGUACCGGGCGAGGAGGCACUCUCAAUGAUGCGACGUGAUGCACCUUAUAAGCGACUCGUACUAGUCGAUAAGAAGCGACAGAAAAAAUACAAACGCAACUUAGACGAGCUGCGCCAAGCGACCAGAUUACGGGUGGACGCAAAAUCCAAAAGCCUUGACUCCUGCUCGGACAUUCUACAGGAUGUACCCAACCUAAACCGAGAUCUUAUCAACCUGUUUCGCCAGAUGCCGAAGGUGAACGAACUAUCCGAAAAUGAAACCGAAUAUUCUUCGUCCGAUCAACUGAUUGCUGGUGGGAAGAGUUGUUUAAAGGAGGUUAGCGGUAUACUCGCACGGAAAGGUGCACCGAUGAAGUUUGGCCCGGGGGUAUCCGGCCAGGGUGGAUCGAAAACUCCAGUACUGAAUCGUAAAGAAAGGCCAAAAAGUUGCUCCAUUUGCAAGCAGAUCUCUCCAACGGUUAACUCCACCGAACCCAUUUGUGUCAAGUGUCGAAAAGGUGGUGUCGUUCAGGAUAUGCCGGCUGAUGACUGUAGAAAAGAACCUUCGGUGAGUGUACCGAGUACAACCUCGUCGACUGAUUCGCAGGUGAUUGCAAACGGCCAUGAUACGGUGAGCGCCGGAAAGCCACCGCAGGCACCACCCAAAGCUAAACGUACCACUCUUGGUCAGUAUAUCCGAUCCGCUUGUAGUAAUCACUACGGAGAUCACUCGAACGGGAAAGACUCCAACGGUGCAGUUACGUCCUCGGGGAAAGGUGGCGGAUUUUUCGAUCGUAAAUCAUCAUCCACCCAUCAGCAACAGAACCUGCAACAGUCACAGGUAGCAAGUAGCGAAUGUCCGGCAGGUAUUCCGGACCCAUCCGCAGCACCAGCUCCGUCCAAUAGCACACCUUCCCGUUCGGUGGCCCGGAUCGUAACGAGCUUCACCGAUAGUCCACUGUUUUCACGGCGCAACCGACAAGCCAAAGCACUGGAAAGCGGAGCAGACUCCAGUAAACCACCGAGCGAAUCCAGCACACCGAUUCUGCUGCGAUGGAACGCAAACCGCCACAACAAGCACGGUAAAGCAGACUCUGUCGAUUCGCCGAAGAAGCAUCGUCGCAACGGAAGUUGCCCGGGACCGAGUAACGAGCCGUCGAUAGAUGGCGGUGAAUCAUCCGCUGGGAUGGCCUCCGCAUCGUCACAAACGGAAGAUCCACGACCGAGUGGAUCGGGACAUAGUGGACCGACCGGGCUUAUAAGUAGAUGGCGCGAUAUGGAGGACGGUGGUCGUCAGUCUACACCACCUGCAUCACCAGCCCGGCUUGCGCGAAGUUCUCCGGCAUCGCCAACACCAAGCAAAAAAAGCAAACGGCAUCAGAGUGCUUCACCCAUAAGGCACAUUCUGAACUCUCCGUUGCUAAAUCGGAGGCAGCGGAAAAAGCAGCACACCGAAAGCUCAGACGAUGAGAAUGGUGGUGGUGGUAGCCACAAUCACAGCAGCCCUAGUAACCACACGGAUGACAGCAGUGGCAGUACAAGCGCGAAACAGUACCGAGACCUUGAAACGUUCCAGAAGGCACAGCUACGACAGAAGCUAAAGCGUGGAAAAAUCGAACCGAACGGUGUGGCCAGCUCUUCGCAAUCACCCGCCCCGGUACGGCGCGAGUUUGUGAUGCACAAUAAGGCCCCGAUGUGGAAUGAGAACAGUCAAGUCUAUCAGCUAGAUUUCGGAGGGCGCGUUACGCAGGAAUCGGCGAAAAACUUUCAAAUCGAAUUUCGUGGUAAACAGGUUAUGCAGUUUGGACGCAUCGAUGGUAACGCAUAUACGCUCGACUUUCAGUACCCAUUCUCGGCGCUGCAAGCGUUUGCUGUCGCACUGGCCAACGUAACACAGCGACUUAAAUAGUGUGCGCUUUGCUUCGUUUUGCAUGCCGGCGUCCACGACCGAGUCACCAAGUACUAAUCGCCUUAAAAUAUUGCCACUCCCCACUCACUGAUGUGGUGCAGUGAUGGCACCUCGCCGGCCACCAAACAAAGUGCUCUACAUAUCACAAACGAUUGGCGCUGUGCAGGAGCGGCGUAGAGGUGUUGUAAAAUUCGCGUUGUUAAUAAUUGCGCUUCAUGCAUCCGGGAUAGUUCGAUAUGUUGCUUUAGUCAUCUUUCGGUGUGAGCUUUAACCAUUGUCCACCCCGUAUGCUGUCGUUGUCGUUUGCUGUUGUCUUGGAGAAGUGCCGACUUCGCCCACUUGACUAGCCUCAACUCCCAUUUUCAUGUCACCUCAUUACUCAUUCGCCAAUUGUUACUCCAUGUCGAUCAUUUUCAUCGUAUCACAUAUCAUUAACAUUAGUGUAAUGCAUAAGCAAAAACAAAACAUCAUCGUAAGACGGUCGAGUUUGAGAAGAAUGGUCAUGUUCGGAAAAGUACGAACAUAAUACGGGAUAGGAUGCGAAUUCUGUGUUCUUUUCUAAAGCAUCUUUUGGGGAUUAAGGACGCAUUUUAAAUGAAUGAAAUGAGGAGAAACCCAUUAGGCGACGCUUUCUUGUAUAGUUGGGAAAUGAAUUUGGACGACGAGACGAAGCUGCCGUGCAGCAAAACUGUGCAGGGUGUAAUAUUCCAUUAUAAUUAUUGUUUUAAUAGAAGCCACAACGCCAACCUACCUUCAGCCCAACACAUGGCCAUGGCGCGUAAGGUGACCACAAAUUGUUAGAUAACAUGAAAUUAGCUAAACUGAAAACAUCAAACGCGUUUCCAUAUUGUGGGGGUUAGGUUUUAUACGGCAACUGUCCAGCGAGGGAGCCGACAAUUGCUUUUCGAAUUCAUUGCGUGCGCCAGCAUUAAAGAAGUCACCGAACGUACCGGGAAAACGUCCAUUGCGUGCUGUAGUCGCUCUUAGCUAAUGGUUGCAAUAUUGAAACAAUUUCUGACAACACUUUAUUACCUUUUGUUACAGCGCUGUAUUAGCUUGUGGGUUAGCCAUUUCUUAUCUACUCAUGAUCCAGCGUGUCUUCUAGUCAGGCCAGAGCCGCGAACCGCAAGAGUAUUUUGUAGCGUGACAGUGAGGUUUGAGACAAAUCGGCUGGUGCAUUUUGUAGCGAAAAAUGUAAAUAACGCCAUUGGUGGGAAUAGUAGAAGCAUUACGAUUUUUGUACCUUUUGUAAC